UGGAUGAGGACUCGUUUCAGUGCCUCCAGCCCCUGACAGGUUUCCUCACUGCUUCAGUUUCGGGGUUUACAAGACGAUGGGAACCUGCAGGGGCAUGUCCUCCUCUGUCUGCAGGUCCGGGUACGUCAGCUGGUGCGUGGACUCACUCGCAGAGUCACUAACACCUGACGCCACAGCUCCGACAGCUAAAGUGUCUUCCUCUCCAGGACAAAGUUCUCACUCAAAGCAUCAGUCAGCUGGUUCAGGAUCGAUCCCGCUCCUCCUCCUGUCACCACCAGAACCCACAUGUUCCCGUCAACCUCCACAGACAACUUCUACAGAGAGGACACAAAAGAAAAACAAGGCCUUCAUAUGUUCCCAUCCCUCCCGGUUAAACGCUCACUCCAGCUCUGCUUCGCACAACACUGACAAAGCCACUAACAGUCACAGUGAAGAGGGUGAGGAUGAUGAGAGUGAGGAAGGCCGAAGGAGGGGGGACGACCCGUCUCUUCUGCACCCAGAGGUCGAGAGGAUGCUCCUCCCCAAGAGCAGUCCGGUCAUCUCCAGACGCCACAGGCCCGUCUCCUGGCACGGAGGGGAGACCGACACGUCUGAUCCUUCAAGCCUGGACUCUCCGUCUCCUGCUGCUGCUUCACUGUCUCAGGAUCAGCGUGGACGCCCGACAGUCGCCAGUUUGGAGGAUCUGGGGUCCAAACCCAGUUCCGGUCAGCAGCGCUCAUCCCCGCUCCAGGAGGACAAGAAGCAGCGCUGCGUCUCAGUCUCUUCAAAUCUGAACAACUUCCUGAUCUCUCUGUUCCACCUGCCCUUCACUGGACAGCAGGGAUUGGCCGAGGAGAACAAAGGCCGGCGACUGACCGGCUGUGACGCCACUCACACACCAGGACUUUCUACCUCAGCUGCACACAGCAAACAGAGGCAUCACAGUGGUAUCCCAGAAUUCACUGAUAUCUUCAAGACCAGUUGUGAGCUGGAAAAGGAAAACGCUCACUUCAUCGUGGUGGACAUGGUGCUGGAGGUGCUGGAAGGCGUGAAGUGGACUCUGAGCUCUGAGCGACGGACGUCCACGACGGACACACGGCGACACACGGACUGCGACAUGUCCACACGCACGGGCACGAGCUCUGCAGAGGACAGUCCUGCACGUGAACACACACAGAGGCGUACAGCACACGGACUCACACAGAGCUGCGAACAAGGAAGCGAUGAGUUAUCACACAGAAACACACACUCUUCUCAUUACGUACACACCAACCAACGCACACAGGAGGAGGAGGAGGAGGACACAGGGAACGAUGAGGCUGAGCAUCAACCAAAGACGCCCUCUGUCAUCUCCUCUGACAGUGGAUUUGAAGACUGCGGAGUGGACGCGGCACUGACACUGAAAGACUCUCUCACAAAUGCAGAGUGGCUGGCCCAGCAGCUGGUGCUGGAGUUCAGGAGGAGCUGGCUUCCUUCCCACAAGCCUCAGCGUGGACGUCAAAGCCUCCGCACGUCGCUUCAGGAGCUGCCAGGUGCAGGAAGUGUCGCUGAGAGCGGCGGCAGACUGACCGAGGAGAUCAGACUCAGGACCAGGAUGAGAGGAUCCCUGAACUGGGCGCCUCCUCGCUUCCAGAUCAUCUUCACCGUUCAGCCGACACUCAGACGCAGUGAGGUAGUGGCCUUACAACACUUCCUGUGUGCAGGCUGCGGGACGGAGGUGGAGCCCAGGUACAUCAAGAAGCUGCGGUACUGUGAUUACCUUGGCCGGUAUUUCUGUGACUGCUGCCACAGCGGCUCUGAAGCUGUGAUUCCUGGUCGAGUUCUGUCCGGCUGGGACUUCAGCAGAUAUCCUGUGAGCGACUUCUCCAAACAGCUGCUGGACUCAGUUUGGCAUCAGCCUCUGUUUGACCUGAGCUGCGUUGGAAAGAUGCUCUGCAGCCGAGCGAAGGAGCUGGACAAGUUCAGGGAGCUGCAGGAGCAGCUGCUGGGCAUCAUGAAGCUGCUGAAAGCCUGCAGAUUAUCUGGAAGUGUGAUGACUGAGUUUGAGCAGCUUCCUGCUCACCUGAUCUUCGAGCAGCCGCCCCUCUUCUCCAUGGACGACCUGUUGCGGGUGAAGAAGGGUCAGCUCGUGGCGCAGGCGAAAGCGGUGCUGCACGCCGCCAUCAGCCAUGUUGAAAACUGUGAGCUUUGUCUGGCCCGAGGUUUCAUCUGUGAGUUCUGCCGAGACAGAGACAUCAUCUUCCCCUUCCAGCGAGACAUAUGUCGGCGCUGUCCAGUGUGCAAGGCCUGCUUUCACAAACACUGCUUUGUGGAGAAGAGGUGUCCGAAAUGUGCACGGAUCCAGUCACGGAAAAAAAGCACAGACAGAUCCAUGAAGUGCGACAAGUGAUCGGCUGCAGCUCAGGGACACGAUGGUCCAUUACUCUACUUUAACUUUACCACUGCUUCACAUAAAACACUGUUGCACUGCACGUGACAUGUAAAUGAAUUUAUAUGUCUUAUCGCUUAUAUUGUCAAACACGUCAUGUUUCCUGUGGAAAUAAAAUUGGU